AUGAGUACAUCUUCACCUUCUUCCACUGGUAGUGGAGGCGGAGGAGGUGGCAGUGGCAGUGGAGGAAAGUCACACCAUCAAGGAGGUGGAAGAAAUAGAGAUAAUAGAGACAGAGAUAGAGAUAGAGACAGAGACAACAAAGAUAGAGAUAGAGAUAGGGAUAGGGAUAGAGAUAGAGAUAGAGGUGGCAGGGAUAGAACAAGAGACAGAGACAGAGAUAGAGAUAGAGAUAGAGACAGGGAUAGAGAUCAUGACAAUGACAUAGCUACCAAGUCGAUACUUACAAAGAAUAGAACAUCAAUACCGACCGGCUCAGUAGUGGGAACAGGUUCACCAAAGAGGUUGACUGUGGAUUCACUGUCCAAUGACAACAACAACAACAAUGCUCAGCUUUCACCUUCGAUGCUACUUCAAAAGACACAGUCUACAUCUCAACAGGAUAAUAGUAGUAGUGGCGCAGUAACAACAACACAACAUCAUCAACAUCAAAACCAACAUCAACAACAACAACUUGCAGAAGACAGACUAUCACUGAGUAGUGGGCCUCCCACUCACGUCAUCUACUCCUCAAUCAGUAUCCUUUCAUCAAAGUUCAAGUUAAGCACUGAUAGUGCACUUAAAUUGUUGACAAAAGACGAUAGCUUCAUGGUGAUUGGUGUGUUGGGCGGACAGUCCAGUGGCAAGUCCACCAUCCUAUCAUCAUUGAUCACUCAACAACCGAAUCAAUAUCCAUUCGAAGUGCAGACUGAGGCCAACUUCUGUCUUGGUAGUCACCAGACCAGGGGUAUCGACUUCUACAUCACCCCCGAGCGAUUCAUCUAUCUUGACACACAACCACUACAAAGUAUAUCGAUCGUCUGUGAGAUGAUUGAGAAGACACCAAAUAACUUUGUAUCGCAUGAGCAUCAUCACCAUGUACAGUGUCUAAAGUUGAUAGUAUUCAUGCUGAGCGUAUGCAACGUUGUCUUGGUAGUCCAGGAGAGCAAGGCCAUUGACGUUCCUCUCUGUAAUCUAAUCCGUACUGCUCUCAUGCUAAAGAAUAGAGUACCAGACGUUACCAAUCCAGUAUCCACCAAUGACAUUGAAUCACAUGAAUAUUUAUCCAAGCUUGUCUUUGUAUUUAAUAAGCUGUCAGAGUUUGACUUUGAUAUCAGCUCAUUGGACAAGCCAUUAUCAUUACUGAUGGGAACCAAACUGAAAGAGUCACAGCAGUCGAUCGAUACAUUCGCUGUGCCAGAUAGGUUCAUUUAUGGCAGUAACAUUAGUGAGGCCAAUGAUUCCAGCCAACAACCUCAACAACAAGCAGCAUCUGGUACGAUCAAUAUCCAGCAGGGAAAUUAUAAUGACUCGAUAGAACAGUUGCGUAGACGAUUGUUGUUGCUAAGGCCAUCAACAAAGUUCACCAAGCAGAUUGGUGAGCGUGAAUGGCUGGAGAACUGCACCAGAUUAUGGGACUUUAUUCAGGACUACGAGUAUAUUGAGAGUUACAGCAAACUACUUCAAACAAAGAAAUACAGAUAG